AUGAAUGAAGAUAUAUCUGUUUUAUUACAUGAAGGAAUUAACUUAAUAUUUGAAAAAUGGACAGUUCUUCGACUUGCUGUGACAAAUAAUUGGGGUGGGGCAAACUCGGAAGAAAAAAAAAUAAAAUUAAUUGAAUAUGUAUAUAAUUACAUUAUAUCAAAGAAUACUCCAAAAAAUAAACUAGGCGACUAUCUGAGAGAUGAAAUGGGCUCCCUGUUUAAUGUAGACAUUGAAGAUGAUAGUGAUAUAGAAGUUUCCGAAUUGAUACUAGACCUAUAUAAUAAUUUAAAAAAGAAUAAUUUAGGAAUAAUUGACAAAAUUAGAGAAAUUGAAGUAUCUGAUUUGAUAGAGUCUAAGGGAAAUAACUUAGUGCAAGAAGAACAAACUGACAACGAAGAACUUUCAAAUAAUGAAUAUUCGAGCACAGAUCAAUCAAAUAGUGAAUAA